AUGGUCAAUUUGUGGAGUCUCAAAGAUCUAAAGGCAGAGUCAGACGAUGUCAUUCCCACUUGCUUGGAGAAGCUAGGCUACAAGCAAGACCACACACACCUGGACACACGGCUCUUCUUUGGCUUCACAGGUGUCCUUGCAGCUGUCCUCAGUGGUCUUUAUGAUUACAGGUAUGGCUUUGAAGCAGGCAAGUUGUAUACGGCUAUCGGUGUGGUUGUGUACUUCCUCGCUUAUGGCGCAAUGCUGGGUUACCAAUAUUUCGUGGAGGAUGGUGUUGUCUAUGUUGGUAGGAAAGCAGGCCAGACGAUCUCUAUCCGAACCAAGACGGAAACAAAGAAACCUGUGUAUCAAGUGGUGAUUCAAGUUGCUGGGCAAGCCGGCAAGUUGGAACGUCAGGAGUUGUUUACAAAGUGGUUUGACACGGAUGGCAAUAUCGUCAAGGAGCCUUUCAUCACUUGGCUGGGAUUGGUUGUGCAAGAGGCAGAGGGUAAGAAGAAGCAAUAG